AUGGUUGCCCAAGACUGGGAGGAUAACCCUCUCGCAUUGAGGGGUGAAAAAGAGAGCGAUUCUGGAGAUGCUUGCUUCUCAGCAGAUGAAGGCAAUGAGACGGGCUGUUCUUCUGUCUCUGGCGAUGACCUACAGGCCAGGCUACGUGAGCUCUAUGGGGGUGGCGGCCUGGAUGAGCCAGAUGAUGUGGGAGCUUUGCUCCUCAACGACGAGGAACAUCCUCCGGAGCAUUACCUUGCAGAGGAAGCAGACCUUGAACCUUCAUGCCUUCGACAGCGACGCUACAGCCCCCGAACACAAGAGAAACUUGACUGGAUCAAGGAGCAUUGGGAGCAGUAUUGCAAAUUUGUACAUCGGGAUCCCAUCCAGGCAUAUCACGACAUUACGAUACAAUCCCUUAAAGGGUUCCUCAGCUGGGUCUGUGACCGGCGUCGGGGGAAGAAUGGAAGGCGACGAGGGAUCAAGCGUCUGAGCUCGUUCCAUACAUUCUGGAAGUGGUAUAUGCUUGUCUACGAAGUUGAAGUAGGAAAGAGGAUCAAUGAGAUGAUCAUUGCCCAAUCCCAGGAUCUGCUCAAUCUCAUUGCUGAUGAGAAGCACCUCAGCCGGGAAAAAAGAGAGAAAGCAACAAUGUAUGUCCAGGACCUUGCAGAGUUUUGCUGUGUGCUUCUGGCAACAACAGAGAUGCUCUACUUGAUUGGCUGGCUGCGCAUACAGCUGAUCCUUUUCUCUCACCUUGCCGGCUAUACCGGAAACCGCCCAGAGGCAUUGUUGCAGCUGCGCUACCGGCAUCUAAACCCGACGCUAGUCCAGGACCUUGAGAGCAAACACCCCCAUCUUGUAAUCGAGUUCACCGCUGAGUUCACAAAAGGGUUUCUAGGAAUGAAGGAUGCCAACACAUUUCCACUUCCAGAAAUUAUAUAUGAUCCCACACUGGUCCUGAGCCCACAUGUCUUGCUGCUCGGAAUGUUAUUCCAUAUCAACGCAUACAAGUCACCAAGCAUUGAUUGCCCGCAGAACCUAUAUAACUUGAAUGUUCUCAAGGGCUUAAAUGAGCAACAGCUACCGCUUUGA